AUGGCAGACGGAGGUUCUUACGUCGACCGUCAAAAGGCGGCAGAUUCCUACCGACCAAAGGGCUAUGGUAUGUCACCUGGCCUACGACGCGCACGACGACCAUUUCUCGUGUCCAACAUCGUCACCGGCUCUCUAAUAGCCCUCUUCGUCACCGGCAUAUGGGCUUACAGCAUACGUGCCGUCCGACAAGACGUAUUUGACGACGUGGACGAAGAAGCCCGCGCGUUGACGCCAGAACUCAAACGAGGCGUAGAAACCGUCGAGGAAAGGGCGCGCAAAGUCGAGGAAAAGCUCAAGGCAAUCGCAUCUGAGCGGACGGCCAAAUCGACCCCAUCUGCUGUGGUCAACUCACUCCGAGGUAGUACAUCGCUCUCUAGCGGUGAUGUGCAAAGGGGCUUACUUCCGAAACUCUGGAAAGAGCAUCCUGCGUGGUACGACCCAAACAAGCCACUCGUGUGGGGUGCUCCUAGCGUCGACAAUAUGGGACGAAUCGGGGACAGGACUUCAUCGAGCGAGUGA